AUGAGCUUCAAGCAGAUUGGCAAUCCUCAGGAACGAGGUUCGUUCUUCAAGCCAAACACUGCACUUCCGACAUACAAAGCACCACCAAUACCUGUUGAAGGAGGCUAUGAAAAUGAGAUUGCGCCUAUUCAGGAGCAAUAUUAUCAGAUGGAGGAGAUGGCAGAUCGAUCCCAGCUAAUGUUUGAGGAAAUUCAGCUGAGGGAUGAAAUGGAUGAGCGCAUGGGUUUCUAUCGAUACGCUGAAGGACCUGAAAAGCUAGGAUGGCUAGUCAAUUUACAUCCAACGCUCGUCAAGGAUCAAGAAAGUCCAACUGGAAAGUCUGCUAUUGACUUGUAUUUCCUCGAAGAAGAUGGCGGUUCUUUCAAGUCGACCGUUCUACAUGAACCAUACUUUUUUAUCAAGUGCAAAACGGACACAGAGGCAGAUGUAGAAGAUUAUCUACGACGAAAAUUCGAAGGUGUUCUUCUUCGUGUUGAGCGAGUCGAGAAGGAAGACUUGGACUUGGCAAAUCACUUGCUUGGGCACAAGAGCCUAUAUCUGAAACUCACGUUUUGGAAUACAUUCAAUCUCAUGGCAUGUCGCAAACACUUGAUGUCUGCUUACGAGAGGAACAAACUCAAUCCAGAAACCCAAGAGUCAGAGGACAUAUUCAAUGAUCGUCCUAAAAACCCAAUCAAGAGCAGCCACAACACGGUGGACAAUAUUAUCGAUAUUCGAGAAUUCGAUUUGCCCUACUAUGUUCGAACAGCCAUAGACACUGACAUUCGUGUGGGUUUGUGGUAUACCGUCAGAGCUCUUGCUGGAACCAUCUUCAUUGAGCCACGGUCUGAUCGAGUCAAGCGUGCUGAACCAGUGGUGCUGGCUUUUGAUAUAGAAACAUCCAAGCAGCCACUCAAGUUUCCUGAUGCUCAAAUGGAUUCAAUCAUGAUGAUUUCUUACAUGGUUGAUGGACAGGGCUUUCUGAUUACGAACCGAGAAAUUGUAUCAGAAGACAUAGAGGACUUUGAGUACACACCUACACCAGAAUAUGAAGGUCCGUUUACCAUCUUCAAUGAGCCUACCGAACGUGAUGUGCUCACGAGAUUCUUUGAGCAUAUUCAACAAGUGAAACCACAUGUAUUUGUAACAUAUAAUGGUGACUCUUUCGAUUGGCCCUUCAUCAAGACCCGUGCUCUAAUCCACGGUAUUGAUAUGAAGAAGGAAAUCGGAUUCGACUGUGAUACUCCAAGUCCUAGGAAUGCCCAGUCUCAGAGUGAUAGUCAAGGUCAAUUCCAAUCUCAUCAUGCAAGUCACAUGGAUUGUUUCCUGUGGGUCAAGCGAGACAGUUACCUUCCACAAGGGUCGCAAGGUCUCAAGGCAGUCACGACCGCAAAGCUUGGUUACAAUCCCAUGGAGCUUGAUCCCGAAGACAUGACUAGAUUCGCAUCAGAACAUCCUCAGACAUUGGCACAAUAUUCAGUUUCAGAUGCUGUUGCAACCUACUAUCUCUACAUGAAAUAUGUCAACCCCUUCAUCUUCUCCCUCUGCAAUCUUAUCCCGAUGAAUCCAGACGAAGUCUUGCGUCGUGGAUCAGGAACACUCUGUGAAACUCUUCUCAUGGUGCAAGCAUAUAAAGCCAACGUGAUUAUGCCUAAUAAACACCAAGACGACUUUGGGAAGUUCCAUGAUGGCCAUUUGUUGGAAUCUGAGACCUACGUUGGAGGUCACGUCGAGGCCCUGGAAGCAGGAGUUUUUCGAAGUGACUUGCCAACUAGCUUUCAUCUUCACGCCGAAGCAUAUGAUCAGCUCAUUUCCGAAUUGGAUCAAGCUCUCCAAUUCACUUUAAGGGUUGAAGGCAAAACGAAUGUGGAAGAUGUUGUGAACUAUGAGGAGGUCAAGCAAAACAUUCUCACUCAGCUUAUUGAUUUGCGAAGUAAACCCAUACGAACCGAAAAACCUUUAAUCUACCACUUGGACGUAGCAGCCAUGUACCCGAAUAUCAUCCUGACCAAUCGAUUGCAACCUGAUGCUUUAGUAGACGAAAGCACUUGUGCAUCCUGUGACUUCAAUGAAGGUCCAGGAAGUCUGUGUCAACGUCGCAUGGAUUGGACUUGGAGAGGAGAGUUCUUCCCUGCCAAAAGGGGCGAAUAUAAUAUGAUUGUCAACCAGCUUCAAACGGAAAAGAUAGUUACCCAUCCAGGCCAAGAAGCUAGACCAUUCUCAGAACUGAAAGUCUAUGAACAGAACGUUGCCAUCAAGAAACGUUUGACUGAAUACAGCAAACGCGUUUAUAAAAAGGGAAUGGAAAAGGAGACAGCUGACAAGACAUCUAUCGUAUGCCAAAGAGAAAAUCCGUUUUACGUAAAUACUGUACGUCAAUUCCGUGAUCGUCGAUACGAAUAUAAAGGCCUUCUGAAGGUGUGGAAGAAGAAACUGGAAGAUAUCUUACAGGACGGUAGUCUAGCUGCUGCCGAGGAAGCCAAAAAGAUGAUUGUAGUAUAUGACUCGCUGCAAACUGCCCAUAAGUGUAUUCUCAACUCCUUUUAUGGAUAUGUGAUGCGUAGAGGUGCACGAUGGUAUUCAAUGGAAAUGGCUGGUAUUGUCUGUUUGACUGGUGCUCGCAUCAUUCAACUAGCACGAUCUCGUAUCGAAAAACUUGGUCGACCACUAGAGCUUGACACGGAUGGUAUUUGGUGUAUGCUACCAUUAUCCUUCCCAGAAAACUUUUCGUUCCAACUCAAGAACGGAAAGUCUCACAAUAUCUCUUAUCCGGGUGUCAUGCUCAACCAUCUUGUGCAUGACAAGUUUACAAACCACCAGUAUCAGGAGCUCGUCAACAAUGAGAGUCUAGAAUAUAGUAUUCGAAGUGAAAAUAGUGUAUUCUUUGAAGUCGAUGGUCCAUAUCGAGCCAUGGUAUUGCCUGCAUCUACUGAAGAAGACAGAUUAUUGAAGAAGAGGUAUGCUGUCUUCAAUGAUGAUGGCACACUAGCUGAACUGAAAGGAUUUGAAGUAAAACGUCGUGGUGAACUCAAACUCGUCAAGAUCUUCCAGUCACAGAUCUUUGCUGUAUUUUUACGGGGCACGACUCUAGAAGAGUGUUAUCAGGAAGUAGCACAGGUCGCCGAUCGUUGGCUGGAUGUAUUAUAUAGUAAAGGUGGUGAUUUGGAUGACGAGGAAUUGUUCGACUUGAUUUCGGAAAAUCGAAGCAUGUCCAAAUCUUUACGAGAAUAUGGUGCUCAAAAGUCUACAUCUAUCAGUACCGCUAAACGACUGGCAGAGUUUCUUGGUCAACAGAUGGUCAAGGACAAGGGUCUAAACAUAUCUGAGAUUGAGAGACUAAUAUCAUCGUCCUUUGUAGACUGCAAAUUCGUUAUUACCUCGCGUCCUGCUGGAUUACCCGUCAGUGAACGUGCCAUUCCUGUUGCCAUCUUUUCAGCAGAAUUGAGUGUCAAGAAACACUUUCUGCGAAAAUGGCUGCGUGAUCCGAACUUAAAAGACUUUGAUUUCCGAGGUAUAUUAGACUGGAAUUACUACCUGGAACGAUUUGGCUCGGUCAUCCAGAAAAUCAUCACCAUUCCUGCUGCCAUGCAACACUUACCAAAUCCAAUACCGCGAGUAAGACAUCCUGAUUGGCUUCAUAAACGAGUAGCUGCCCGUGAUGAUAAGGUCAAACAAUUCCGUAUCACUGAAAUGUUUGGAAAGGCCAACACCUUGGAAGAAGCUUAUGGUGUUGAUAUGGAAGACAUGGCUGCUCCAUCAGGAAAUAAAGUGUUCAAUCCUGUCGUUCAUAAAUAUAAAAGCAAGCAGUACGAUAAGGAUAUCCCGGAAGAUUCAAAUCCGCAACCACCUCCAAAUAUGGGAACGGAUUAUGUUGGAUGGUUGAAACACCAGAAAAGGAAAUGGGCACGACAAAUCAAAGAACGAGCUCAUGAACGUUCAUUGAUUGAACGUGGUCUGGCACAACCACGUCGUGAACAACUCAUCAACGUCGAAGGAUACUUCCGUCAACGUACAGAUGCCCUUUUGAAUGCCCGCCUGCAAGUACUACAGAUCGCUGAAACUGACUUGCCAGGUGAGUUUCGUAUGUGGGUCUUGGUAAAAGGCGACUUGCAUUCUAUAAGGUUGACGGUACCUCGAGUAUUCUAUUUAAAUUGUCGAUUCGAUCAACCCGAUAUUGCUCGACCAGGAGUAGUAGUUGAAAAACGUGUCCGAACUCUCCCUAGGUCUCAUGUAUGUCACCAUCUAUAUGAAUUCACCAUGGCAGAGUCGUUUUAUCAGGAGAAUAUGAGCACUUUUGCCAAUGUCUUUACCCAUGAAUCGGUAGACUCGGUAUAUGAAACUCAAGUACCUCUACUCUUCCGUGCCUUGAUUCAAGUCGGCUGCUUUACUGCUGUAAAGAAGGAACGUAUCAAGUCUGGUCGUGGACUCGACGACGGAUUUGAUGUCCUUACGGACUUGACGCAGGAAAAGAAUGAUGGGUAUUUAGACAGGUCGAACUUAAAUUUUCUAUAUUUAUAUCAUGCGAAUACUGGUCCACGUCACGUAUUUGGUCUCUUCUCGACUGCAUCCAACAAGGCAACUGUCGUACUCGUUGAUCCUGCCAACAAUAAGGAUGCUAUACCCAAUCUAGCUCGAUUUUAUAGUGAAACGUUGGCAAAUCAUACGGUAUCCCAAGAUCCACAAUUCUUACGACACGAGGGUCUUGAUUGUACUGCUCUCGUGGUAUCAACAGAAGCCCAAGCCAAACAGCAAAUCAGCGCUGCGAUCAGUGCAUACCAGGAUGCACGUCGUGGUGCUACUAUGGUAAUAGUACAGUCACCGAAAUCACUCCGUCAAGUGACGGAUGGCAUCCCGCCGAUCUCUGAAUUCCCGAAUGCCAUAAUGCAAUCUCAUACUCGUGAUCAUUCGAUACCACCUCUUGAUUGGCAACGUCCAGCAUGCCGUAAAAUGAUGGGUCACUUGAUGAAUGUCGAUGGCUGGGUUGCUGAUCGAACGGCAAUAUGUAGAUUUGCCAAUGUGCCCUUCUGUAAUGUAGAACCUGAUUAUUCCGUCUUUUUGACUGACUUGAUCUUGGCACGACGACUCCAACGUAAAGAUAUGAUUUUAUGGGUAUCUCUAGCUCGAAAACCAGAUUUAGGUGGACGAGAACAAGAUUACAAUGCUGAUGAACUGACUGAAUCCGCUGUUUUGGAAGUCAAUGUACCAGGUGCUUAUGAUAGUGUAUGCGUGGAAGUUGAAGUCUUCCACUUGGCCAAAAACACACUAUUGCAAACUGUAGCUAUGGCUGAUGGUGAUUUAGGCUUUGAUUCCAAUAUCGGUACUAGUGUAGAAGAGCAACUUCAGAAUGGGUUGACUCGAUCCAUUACAGAUGAAUCACUCUUGUCUGGUCGUGUAGUCGAAGAAGUAAAAGGCCUAGUACAGGAAUGGAGUCACCGAUCCAAACGUGGAGAUCGUUGGGCAGCACUAGUACUAGAUCAGCUCCCACGAUGGCUUUCAAACCCUGAAGCCAAAUUAUAUGAUCCUGCUCUACAAGCACUUAUUCACGGAAUGAUGCGCAAGUCGUAUUCUUCUAUAGUAGCAGAUUUUAAACGAUUAGGGUCUCGUGUAGUAUAUGCCAGUUUUGAGAAAUUGAUAUUGGCUACGACCAAACACAAGAUUCCGCAAGCUCGUGCUUAUAUAGACUAUACAAUUGGUGCUCUCUCCAAGAGUUUUCAGCAUUUGACUCUUGUGCCUGUACAAUACUAUCAGUCCUUGAUGUGGAUGGACUUGUAUAAUUGGGCAGGCGCAAUUACGGCAAUCAGACAGGACGAACGUAGUAUUGAAGCAGGUGAUCACGCGCCUGGAAAUGGCCUUGAAUCAGGCAACAAUGGUGCUGACGAGACUUGUAACGAAGUAAGUAAUGGUAAUGGCAACAAUGAUAUAAAUACGGGCAACGACUCUGAUACUCGCAAUGACGCAACCGAUCAGGAUGAAGCCGAUACUCGUGAUGAUGCCACCGAAACCGGUAAUGAUGCUAUGGCAAUUGCUCGAGAGAACCCGAAGGAAAAGAGUGAAAUGCGAAAGCUCUUUUCCUUUGCCCGUGACGAGAAUAUGAGUGAGUCUGGUAGCGAUGACGAUGAUAACGAAGAAGUCCAAGAAGACGAAGCGGACGAUGAGCCAAACUUUGAAGAAAUUCCAGAGCCACGUCAAAGUAGUAAUAAACGUAAAGAGAAGCCAGCAACUACCAACUCCCAAGCACCGGAGAGUGCUCUUGAAAUAGAGGCCCGAUGGAAUAUUCAGGAGUAUCUCCCAACGGCAUUACAAGAGCACUUCCAACGAGCUAUAGGUCACUAUGUGUAUGCCUCGACUCAAUACCGUAAAGGCUUGUAUGAUGCUGAUCCGUUGCUUGGUCACCGGGCAGCUAAACGUGUCAAACUAGAUGACGAUGCCAAGCAACCUAGAGUUGGUGGUAUGGUUGGUUUAGGACAACGUCCGGGACAGUCGUCUCGACUAGAUGACGAUGAGGAUGAGAAUGAUGAUAUGGCACGAUUCCUCCGUAACUUUAUUAGCAUGACAUUGAAACGAGAGUUGAUACAGGCUGUACCUGAACUUCAACGAGAAUAUCAUUCUGCUCGUAUGAGUGGUGAUGCUGAUUUAGUAGCAUCAUGGGAGUUUCCGAUACUACCUGGUAGCCAUAUAGAACUCAAGAAGCCUCUAUUGGAGUUCAUCAAGUCUGUAUGUGCUGUAUUGAGCCUAGAGCCGGUUAUAGAACGAGAAGUGAGACAUCUACGUCGAGAUUUGCUCACACUUGUAGGAGAACGAGAGUUUGCCGAUAGCUCCAACUUUAUCAAUCCAUGUGAGGCCUUUAGGUUACCAGGUGUCAUGUGCUAUUACUGCUGUAGUACUCGUAAUCUCGAUUUGACUCGAGACCCGGAUCUAUUACCAAUAGUAGCAGACGAUGGACGCAUAACUCGUGAUCAAUGGUUGUGUCCGCACUGUCGAGCUGAAUAUGACAAGGCGUCUAUUGAGCAACAAUUGGUGGAUAUAGUACAACGACGGUUGACAUUUUGGCAAUUGCAGGAUCUCAAAUGUACUAAAUGUCGGCAAAUCAAGGGGUCAAACAUGCGACGAUAUUGUGCAUGCUCUGGAGAGUUUGUGACUGUAUAUUCCAAGGAGGAUUUCAGGAGACGAAUGCACGUGUUUUCCAAUAUUGCCAAAUUCCAUCGAAUGGAUUUCUUGGAUAAUGUUGUGACUUGGUGCAUGUCGCAUGUGUAG